UGGCUUUUUAAUCACACAAAAACAUCUCCUUCGUACAGGAAGGACACAGAGUGAAAAGGUUCACUUUGUAAUCCAUGACCUUAAGAGACUCUAGCUGAGUGGCACACCAUGACCCAAAUUCUGUUAUUUUCCAAUGUCUAAAGUGCAAUCUUGGUCCAAACCCCUGGACACACACAGAACCCUGCAGGGGUCACUCUGCAAGAUGAGAUCACCCUUCCCAAGGCAGGCUCUGGCAGUCAGAAACCCUCUAACUUCACUUCAAGAUUAAUUUUCCAGCUGAAUCUUCCUACUUUUUGUUCUCAUAGAUCUUUGUGGGGAGAACAGUCAGGUCUGGAUGACCUAGAUGAGGCUGGCCAAGGAGCUUCAGAUGCCGAUGGAGCACCAGCCAGGCUUGGAGAGCGGAGGGAGCCUCUCCCUCGCUUCUCCUCUGGGUCUCUGGGUCUCCUCUCUGGAACGGCUACUUGCAUGACCUUUAGCUGAUUCAUCAAUGUGAUUCAACUUAGAAUUGACUAAAGAGAUAUACAAGUGUCAAAACAAUAAUGGUGGUUUAACCAUCUGCUUUUAUUGAUCAUACACCCUGUCAUUUUAGGACUGCUGUCACACUCUGCUUGGAUAUUUAAAAUGUUCUUUAUUGAGUCCUCAAAGUUUCUGAAAUGAAACUCCAGCAAUCAAUUACCAUAGAAUCCCCAGGCCCCAGUGUCCUCACAUUAGAGACCGUAAGAAACAGUAGGAGGAAUAUUGGCUCUAAAGCAAGACAGACUGGAGUGACUCUUCACUGAGCCAUCGGGGGAAUCUACAAUGCAACAACCCGAGGAGGAUCAGCUAGAUCACGAGUCAGAGGAGGUGGAGAUCUUAAGACUGGCCCAGUCAAACAGGAACAUUGACAGUUUGAACAGAGACCUUGAACGAGAUCUGCAAAGAAUAGAUGAAGCAAAUCAGGAACUUCUUCUCAAAAUCCACCAGAAAGAAGAUGAAAUACAGAGGCUGGAAAGUGAGAUCACUCAGCCGCAAGACCUGACAGAUGAUGAGGAGUGGGAGCAGCACAAUAGGACCACCAUGGAAAGGGAAAGAACGCUGCAAGACCUGGAAGAAGAAAUAGCCAGACUUGAAAGGAAAAGUGAGGCUCUGGUCCACGAUACAACAGAACUUCAGAAAAAGCUUACAAGGAAAUCGCAAAAGGCAACCAAGUGUGAACAAGGCCAUCUACAGGGAGCACUGGAAGGGUCAAAGGUUAAGUUACAACAGCUGGAAGCUUCCUGUGCUGACCAAGAGAAGGAACUGGCUAAGGUAAUGGAAGACUACGCAUUGGUGGCCCAGCUCUGCAAAGAUCAGGUCUUCUGCAUUAAGAAGUACCAGGAAACUUCAAAGAACAUUGAAGAAGAGGUAGAGACACGGCUCCUUGAGAGAGAAGUAUCAAAACUCUUGAGCAUGAGCUCGGCAAGAAAAGAACAUAACAGCCAAAAUAAUAAGGACAAGUCUCUCCAAAAGAAGGGAAUACGGCUCUGUAAAAGGAUUUUUCAGGUUCUCUUUUUCAUCACCGUAUUUUUCAUCACACUGCUGGGCUACUUGUUUUUCCACAUAAGCUUUAUAAAUCCAGAUCUCCUAAUCGACAUACUACCCAAGAUACUGAACAGGAGCACCUUGUGGAGGCUAAGGAGCUUCCUCUCUGCAUCUCUCACACUUCGGACUGAGGACUUGUUGCCCCACUAAUUUCCAAAAAACAUCCUUGGGAAAAGAAGGCAAGUGGUACCUGACUGUGUACACUAGGCGAUGGUGGAACUUGUAGAGGGAAGAUGUUUUCUUCAGUUUUUCCCUUGAGGUUUGCCUACUGAUUACCUUUCUUCCCAUGUUGUCUUUCCAAGAUCAACCUUGCCCAGUAAACAGCUCUGUCAAUAGAUUUCAGCGGCUACAGGAUAAGCUAAAUAGUAUGAAAUAGUAAACAAAGAAGAUCAUUUUCAGAAUAAUGUCAUAGAUGCUAAGCAAAGUUAGAGUCUCCCAAUACUCCUAGUUAAUCUUAAAACUUUAAGAGACUGGAUCUCUGCAAUGCAGAUGGCUCUCUAGUGAUAAUUAGAACUCUAUAGUAGCAAGUGACCUUAACUUAAGCUAACUUACAAAUUACAGCAAAAUUAAAAAAAAGAUAUAGCCUUAUGGAACUAAAAAUCUGAGGUUUCAGGCAUGGCUGAAUCCAGAAGUUUCACCAGUGUCCUCAGGGCUUCAUCUCUCUCCCUUUCUCUGAAUGGGCAUUGCACCAUUAAGUGGCAAUAUUGUGCCAAUAACCUAAAUCUUAUACUACCAGAUUAGCAACUUCAGUACAAUCAGUCUUUUCCAAUAACUACAGCCGGAAAGACCAAAGAAUCUGUGUUGGCCGAGGUCAAUUGCCUAUCCCUGCCCCCUAAUCAGCUGAUCAUGUGUCAGCAAAGUCAUCCUUUAAAGAAAGGCUUAAAGGCAUCUUGUACCACAGAUAAAUAUUACAAACAGAAGUAACCAAAUGGAAAAAAAAAUUAAGCAACUUUCUUAAUCUGGUAAAUUGCCUAGAAUGAGAAAAUUAUUUCUUAACCCCAGGCCUCAGAGAAAACAAAAUCCUUUUCUCCUGGCAAUUACAAGAGUAAUGUGCAAAUAUGCAUCGUCUGACAAUACAAGUCAUGGAGUUUUCACCUGGCACCCUAAAUGGAAACACCCUCCACCAU